AUGACUUCCUUGAGUGCUCACCUCUGCAUUGCCUCGAGUGACGUCCCGGGAUUCGUCAGCCGCCUGUCGUCGUGCUACGGAGAUAAGCUAAUGAACUGCUGGUACGGCAACAGCGACUGUACUGGCAGUCAAAUGUGCUCAACCUUGGGCUCUGACGAUCUGGGCUCGUGCUCUGCAGGGUCCGGAGGUCGGUAUUCGAGAACCAUCAUUCUCGGCUCCGAUGAUGAAGUUGCCGAACUCUGCACUACCACCACAACGACCCCAUUUGCAGGCAUUUCGGGCAACAUCAGCGUCCACACGGACGGCGCUUGCUCUACGCUGGAGGCCACGUACUCUGUCGAUUUGGGGCCGUGCACACUAACCGGAUUGACCACAUCCCAGAAGUUCACAUGCAGUGAAGGAUCGAUCGCUUACCACGUGUACACCACCAACGACUGCAGCGGUGAAGCAACGACGCAGGUCUAUGAGCAGGGCCCAUGCACGCCAGUCGAGAACGGCACGUCAUCCUGGAUCGUUACCUUCCCUGAGUGCACUGUGCCUACAACUGCAGGAGGCGCAGCCACUGUGUCUACAACUGCGGGAGGCGCAGCAGACUCAGCAGCGGUGCACUUGAACAUCGGGUCUGUGAUCCUUGUCUUCCUUGCUUGCCGCUACUUCUUUUGA